AUGUCGCGCGUGGUCAAGGAACACAUAGGUGUCAUUAUCCUGGGCAUCUUUAUCUUCUUCGCAGUCAUUGCGCCUGCAGGUUGUAUUGUCUGGGCUCGUAGGCGAGAACACAGGAAAUACCACCCAUCGCCGAACGCAUUCCGAAAGGCGCGGCGAAAGCUGGCGACGGUUGCCGAGUGUAGGAAGGACACCGAAAGGCACCUUGGUGGAGGCGAUUCUGAGUGGACCGGCAACUGUCCUAUAUGCAUCGGCCCGCUAACUGCAGAGGCCAACGGAAGUUCCGCGGAGAAUAUCUCCACGGAAAAGGCUACAACGGAAGACGCAACGGAGGCCACAGCGGAGGCCACAACGGAGGCUACGACUGAGCCAGCGCCGCCCGUCGCCGGGAGUAGCACCCAAAACAAUACCCAGGAUGCAGAUGGAUCCGGGAGCAGCAAGGAGAUAAUGGCCGCGCCAACGAGCUCAACGGCCGAAACUCGAAGAGGCGGAGGAGAUGGAAGCGCCGCGGAAACCCAAACCCCACCAACAUCGACCAAGGAGGGAGGAUGCUCGCCCAUAAUGCUAUGGAUUACGAGAUGGCUCCCACGGAGCCUGCAAAAGAAGUGCAAAAUAGCUCCCGAUCGCGACGUCGAGAUUUUAAAGCUGAAAAGCUGCGGACAUUGGUUCCACGCUCGCUGUCUGUCGUCUUGGUUCCUGAUUGAUCGUUACGACUGUCCCGUAUGUCGGAAGCCCUACUGGGAUGGAAAGCCGAAGAAGGGGCCUCUCUCGACGUGGCUGACAUCAAACUAUAACGUUGACGCUGUGAGAGUGGGUGCAGGGACAAUGGUAUGA